AUGCAACAUAAUCAUUCUCUCUGGUACAAGACGGCGUGCUGGACCUGCCGUGACAGGAAGGUCAAGUGCGACAAGGUCUUACCAUGCCGCAAUUGCUCCCUUGCAGGAAUUGUUUGUUCCUAUCCACCUCAAGUUCGCACUGUCCGGAGACCGAAAAGGGCCCAUAGUACUGCCAGCCCUAAACAAGAUGACGCGCUUCUUGACCGAAUCACCAAGUUGGAAGCACUACUCAAGAAGCAGCCCUCGGAACUGCAUAUCAAUGGUGUCAACGACGGGCAAGACUCAAGCGUCGCUGAGCCUCAUGCGGAGCACGCCACAGCACCUCAGUCAAGGCAUCUAACGAAUGCGACAUCUCUUGUUGGUCAUUUGCCCACCAAUGCAGGUCUUGAAUCAACAACGGCCCCAGUUGAUACUGCUGAGCCCUUUUGGAAAAUCUCCCCUGAACCUGGAGCACUUGGACCCCAGCAAGGAGUUGCCUCCGACACGGCCGAUGCGAACUACUGGGAAAGGAUCGAAGAGCAGUGUGCUAGUCAAGUCUUCUUGAAAUCACCAUCAGUUUCCAAAACGAGCAUCAGAAGCGACGCAUACAAUCAAGAGCCGCCCAACAGUGAGCUGCCGAGCAUCGCGUUUCCCUUCCACGGGCCCAGUUCCCCGGCUGCUGUGCCUCUUCUGCCUAUGCCAGAACGACUUGUUUGCUGGAGGAAGUACCUCGAGAAUGUGGAUCCAAUACUUAAGAUCCUACACAAAUCAACAACCCAAACAUUACUCCUACUACCGGACGACCAAUGUUAUACACUCGAUUCACCUUCAAGAGCUCUCAUUCAGGCUAUAUGUCUGCUCGCGGUUACUUCCAUGUCCGAGUCAGACGUAUCAGCAGGUUUCUCGAGAUCCAAGGAGUCUAUGACACGGAAAUGUGCCGCCCUCACUGAACAAGCAUUGAUGGCUGCGAAGUUUCUCGAGGCGCAGGACCUAACCACGAUUCAAGCGCUGCUGUUGUUCUUGUACUAUCUCAGAUGCAUGGAAGACCCUCGACUGAAUGCACUAUGUGGGAUGGCCGUCUUCUCAGCUGUCCGAGCAGGGCUGAAUCGCGACGGAGCUGCUUCGGGACUGCCAUACCUCGAGGUAGAACUCCGAAGACGAACGUGGUGGCAGCUUCUCAACCUUGUCGACCACCCGGAUGAUUCUGGCCUUGAAAACUUCCCCCCUGGAAUGGGCGCAGACACGCAAUUGCCACGAAACGUAAACGACUCCGAGCUCGACUUCCAAAUGGGGGAUGCUACGGAGGAGCGUGUUGGAUUCACCGAGUCCAGCUUUUGCUUGAUGCAGUAUGAGGUAACACGCACAUUCAACCUCAUUAAGUCAGAACGAGCUCGUGCUUCGGCCGGACGAAAGUUCAGGACCGAAGAAGCGGAACAACUACUGCACUCAUCGCGCGAAGUGUUUCGACAGAAGUAUUUCCAAGGUCAACUCAAAGAAGCUCCAAUAGGCGAGUUUGCUGCUGAUGUGAUCGCAAUGGUGCUUGCUAAGCGGCGCCUUCUCAUGCACAUCUCACCGGAUCGCCAUGGACAUGGCGAGUCUGUCACUCCAGACGCCCAAAACCAUCUCUUCAUGCUGGCCGUUCAUGUGCUGGAAUUGUCUCGAAGCUUACAGACAAACAAGAGUGCCGAGAGGUGGCGAUGGCUGAGCGCGACAUAUUUCCAAUGGUCCAUUGCAGCGUUUGUCGCCAGAAAUCUUACGAUACGUCCAUCCAGUCCUGCGACCAAACGAGCUUGGCACGUUAUGGAUGGAAUUCUUGACCUUUGGCCCUUACCGAUGCGCAAUUCGACGAAGGCUAAUGCACUCAAGGGCUUGAUAGCUGAUGCGAUGCGGAACAGAGAUGCACAAAACCCGUGGUUGUCGAUGUGGUCAGGUAGCAAUACUGCCCAGUUGCCUUCGCCGCCCAUUUACCGCAAACCACCGAGUGAGGACAAGAGGAUUGAGAAGCUGGUCCACUGGUCUGACCCUAUGAGCGAGCUUCAGCAGCCUCCGCCUGUCUUUUCCUUCAAUCAGGGACUGGGGUCGGAUAAUUUUGGGUCCUUCAACUUCAACUUCGAUGAACUCAACAUGGAUUUUGGGCUUCUGUCGUAG